AUGUUGAUGGCAAAUGGUAGCGCCACUAGUGUCGGUGGUGACGAACCCCUCCCUGUCCCCUGUUGUCCUCAACGUCGAGUGGCCGCCACCCUCCGCCUCCUCAACCACUUCCUCACCGCUACCCCUCCACCUCCCCCCUCGUCCUCCCCUUCUCCUUCUCCACCCUCGCCCCUGGCAUUGAGCACAUCUGCCACCUUUCCUACAACAACUCUAUCACCACCCUCAUCCACGCCCUCUCUUCCCUCUACCGUACCAUCAUCUCCUGGUCCCAUUCCCUCACUUGCCCUCCUCUCCAACUUCUUAAUUGACUUGACCCACCACCUCGCCAUUGACCUUGGUGAGCAAGAAUUAGAAACGAGAGGAGUCAAGCUUAGUCCCCAACUCGAUCACUUUGUUAGGCAGAAACCUCGACAGCUUCCAAGUGAUAUACAUAACAUCAUUGGAUUUGACACCAUUAGCAGUGUCAUCCCCAGUGAGUACCUUGCCAAUGGUGGCACGAUCUCCUUGAAUAGCACCAGAUUGCGUUGCAACAGUUUAGAGAUGCUAGGAUCUAGGUACAUAGGAGAAAGGUUAAGUUCAUCGUCACCUUGUGGUCCGAAGAUGCUAGGAUCUGAGUGCACAGGAAACAAGCUGCAGCGUGCUAUAGACGAGGCGGACGUGCAUUCGUACACACGAUGCGUGACUCGUGCGCUUCGUUACCUCCACGACGUGGCCGGAGUCGUGCACUGCAACGUGAAGGGCCGAAACGUCCUGUUAGGCGGAGUUCCCGUCGUCGCCAAUCUCACGGAUUUCGUUGUGGCGGUGAGGAUUUUCGGGGGCGAUGGGCGUAGUUGGGUGCGGGGAACGCCGAGACGGAUGGUGCCGGAGGUCGCCAGGGGAGAGCGGUCGAGGCCGGAGUCAGACGUCUGGUCGCUCGGGUGCAUGGUCAUUGAGAUGGCGACCGAAGCACACGACGAGCUGCCGGAAUCUCUGUUGGAGGUCGCUCGUGAUUUUCUCGACGAGUGCUUGAGAAGGGAUGCAAGCGAGCUGACUGCAGAGCAGUUAUUGCAGCACCAUUUUCUAGCCGAAGCGGAAACCUCGAUGACGGAGAAAGUUGGAGUUCCGUGA